AUGGACGCGCCUGAUCGCAAGAGACUCAAGUCGACGUACAAGGCACAGGACCUGCCGCCGCUGCCCGCGGGCUGGACCGAACACACAGCUCCAACAGGUCACAAAUACUACUACAACGCCGCCACUAAAGCCUCGACGUACACUCGGCCGGUCGCUACUCCUGCCGCCCCUACUCCGCCUCAACCACAGCCUGCCUUUUUCCCACCACCAGCUGCUCAGUAUGCAUCGAAUCCUGUCGCGCAAAACAACUAUAACCCCGCUGCUCAAUACGGUCAAUUCAAUGCAGCUGGAUACAGUCCAUACCUAUCAAACGCCCAGUACAACUCACAUACACCAUACGGCCAGCCUGGAUUCAACCCAGCCGCUACCUCUCACGAGCCACGACGCCGACCACAGCCCCAAGAUCGUCCCAAGCGCAAAGAGAUCAUUCCAAACUGCAAGCCAUGGGUCGUUGUCUACACCAAGCUCGGCCGACGCUUUGUCCACAACCCCGACACCAACGAGAGUUUUUGGAAGUUCCCAGACGAUGUUAUGAAGGCUGUUGUUGAAUUUGAUCGCUUGAAGCUGGAUGAGAAACUCAAGAGCCCUGAGGAUGCCAGUGGUGCCAACAAAGUCCCUGUGACAGAACGCGCUCCUAGAGAGGAAUCUGAGAAGGGCGCGUCUGAGAAGCCUGAGGACAAGGUCACAUCGCAAGAUUCAGAAAAGCCACAACAACAAGAUGCUGCUGGAUCAGACUCGGAGUAUGAGGAGAUUGAGGUCACAGACGACGAAGAUGAAGAAGGUGGUGCGCAACUUCAAGAUGAGGGCGAAGCAGAAGCUCAAGAAGGACCUCUUGAGUUCGACGAAGACGACAUCGCGUAUCAGUUGGCUGCAAUGGAAGAUUCAUAUGGUCUCGAUCGUGGCGAGUUUGGCGGUGGUGGUGAAGACGAAUACGAGGAAGGAAUGGAAGGCAUCCCUCUGACCGACGAAGACGGCGCAGCACUAUUUUGCGACAUGCUCGAGGACCAACACAUUUCUCCAUACAUACCCUGGGAAACACUUAUCUCUGACGGUCGCAUCAUAGAUGAUAGCAGAUAUACCGCUCUACCGACCACAAAACGCAGAAAGGAGGUCUGGGGCGACUGGACUCGCACAAAGAUCGCAGAACUCCGCGAACAAAAGGCAAAGCAGGAGAAACUAGAUCCACGCAUUCCUUACCUGUCGCUCCUCUCGGAAAAAGCAACACCAAAACUCUACUGGCCAGAAUUUCGCAGGAAGUACAAGAAGGAGGAUGCGAUGCGCGAUGCAAAGCUCAGCGACAAGGAGAGGGAGAAGUUGUACCGCGAACACAUUGCUCGUCUCAAGCUCUCAUCAUCACAGUUGAAGUCAGACUUGAUUUCUCUGCUCAAGUCUCUGCCCCUGAAACACCUAAACAGAGACACCAGACUUGAGGCUCUGCCAAAGGAUCUCCUGACUGAUAUUCGAUUCAUUUCUCUACCUCUCAAAUCCCGCGACGAUCUUCUUGAAGCUCACAUCUCUACUUUAGCACCCGCGCCAGAUGAGGAGGAAGCAGCGACAGAAGAAGAGAGAGUAGAACAGGAGAAACGAGCCAAGGAAAGGAGACGCAGAGAACAAGCUUUGAGAGAAAGAGAACAGAAAGUCGAGGAAGAGAAGAGAAAGAGGGAAAGAGAGUUGGCAUUCGGACGUGGUAGGUUGGGCGAGGCUGAGAGGGAAUUAGAGAUGGCCAUGAAGGUUGGAAGGAGCGGAUUGAGGGCGCAGAUCGAUGAGGCCAAGGAGGCCAAACUUCCAUAA